UGUAGAACUCAAAACCAUAACGCUUUCAAGUAGAAAUAUAUAAAACAUAACGCACCAAUAUGCCUGAGGAGCUGAAACUACAAAAAGGAUCUCCAAGCGAAGCUUCUCUCUUUAGUUGAUUAGGGUUCUAUAGUUAAGAUAAGGAGAAGAUGGGACUACAGUUGGAGAGUUUGAUGGAGACGAUAAAGUCAAAGGUGGGUUUGCUGAGGAAGAAGAAGAAACCUUACAUCAAAAUGGAUAAAAGCUCUAGCGUCAGAGUUGCCAUCCGUCGUAAGAAGACCAGAGAUCUCAUUGAUAAGACCUUAAAGGUCGCUGAUCGUCCUGGCAAACGAACUCUUUUCUGAAAAUGUUCAUUUCCUCUGAAUUUGCUAUAGUUUCUGUGAAUUUUUUGUUGUUGUUGUUUUGUAAUUGGGUGUUUUUGAUUCAAGAGAUCAAGUUUGUGAUAAUAUGCAUAUAUAGUUCUUGAAAUAAAUAAAAGCAAGAAAUAUAUAAGAAUCAUCAAACAUAUAUAUGAUGAUUUUUAUGCAUGAUUGAUCGAUGAAACAUAAAAAGCUAUAUUAAAAUCUUGUAUGGUUGACUUUUACUGAUACGAUCUU